GCAAGCGGAUUAUUACGUUGCUAGUUCUGUUUUGUGCUGUCAGUAGCGAUCGAGAUGCCUGAGCCGGCGAAAUCUGCUCCCGCGCCUAAGAAGGGCUCUAAGAAAGCGGUGACUAAGACCCAGAAGAAAGGGGACAAGAAGCGCCGCAAGACCAGGAAGGAGAGUUACUCUAUCUAUGUCUACAAGGUGCUGAAGCAAGUUCACCCCGACACCGGUAUCUCCUCUAAAGCCAUGGGCAUCAUGAAUUCCUUCGUCAAUGACAUCUUCGAGCGCAUUGCUGGCGAGGCGUCCCGCCUGGCGCAUUAUAACAAGCGCUCCACCAUCACCUCCCGGGAGAUCCAGACCGCCGUUCGCCUGCUGCUGCCUGGGGAGCUGGCCAAACACGCCGUGUCUGAGGGCACUAAGGCUGUGACCAAGUACACCAGCUCUAAGUAACCGCUCUGUGAGACGUCAAUUGAUAAAACCCCAAAGGCUCUUUUAAGAGCCACCCACUGUCUCCAGGAGAGAGCUGUGAACAUUUCACGGUGUGCGAGCUACCUGCCUUGCUAAGGGCGCGGGCUAGCAAAGCGUAUGCUGGCUUUUAUUUGCAUGUUCAUUUUUUUUAGUCUGCUGUUUGUCUUCGGGCUUUGUGUGUCGGUAGGGGUUGUGCCUUAGGAAGUCUUUAUUGCCUUAGUGGAUUUAAUUGCCUAUUCAUUUAGAUUAAGUAGCUUGCUACUUUGCUUUAAGUGGCUUUGUCCUGGAAGCUUGUGGGCUUUUACCUUGCUGUUUAGCGGCGGGGCUGUGAAAUAUUGUAGCCUUGGGGAGCCUUUAUUAGUCUAAUAACUCAAUAGAUUCUGUAGGAUUGAACAACUUUUUUUGUUGUUGCUUUGGACAAUAAAAGGACUAGGAAAACCUGGUACAAAGUGCUUAAAAUCAAAUUUAAAAGAUAAUUUAACUUUAACUUUAAAAUUAGGCUGAGAAGUGUCUGUACAUCGGGUAUCGUGCUUACUUUAUCUACAAAGACCAUAUGAGAGGUCCAGUACCUAAUCGCCAAUAGCCCAAAGUCAGUAACAGGACUCCUCCCCACUGGUAACAAAAAAUCUCUCCAUCUACAAGCAGCAAUAUUUGAGAUUAGUCAAAUUGCCAAAAGUCCCAAAUUCCCACUGUCGUGGACAACCUCCCACACUGGGAAGGGGAAACGGAGAGACCUGAAAUCCCUGGUCAAUGAAAUCUCUAGUGCUGGGUUACGACCCUUGCUAUUAACUUACAACAAAUGGGGUUUUUUGGGAGGGAAUCAAAGUUAAAUAUGGUCUAGCGUUCUUUUUCUGAAUGACGGGGUCAGAGGGUCUAACAACUUCAUCGCGAGCGGCUGGGUUUGCAAACAUUUAAAUAAACUAAAGUGUGGGUCUCCUGCUGGGAGCAGACGGGGUGGGGGGAACACAUGGAGCUCCCUCGCUUGCUAGAGUCCUACAGGGGAUCCUCCCCACACAGUUACUUGGGCGGUGGGGGGUUUCACGCUAAAGCUUUCCCGGCGGCUCCUAUGCCUGCCGUCAAAGCUCAGGGCCGGCUAUGAUUGGACGCGGUGCGAUCCGCCUUCUCUCAUCGGUCAGAAAGGAAACGUGUGUGUGUGUGUGUGUGUUUGGGGCGAGGGGGGAGUCUUGUCUUUUCCACCUCGGUUUUUCCUCUGAUCCCAUUACAUCCACGCUGUUUGCGGCCAGCCAGCCUUAAACUAGGACCCAAAUGGCUCAGCUUUAUAGAGGCCUUCCUCCAGUCAAUAACCAUUGAUAAGAACACCUGGCUUGGCUUGACUGGGUUGCAUAUGACCAAUCAAUCAAGGGCUGUUUUUAUCUUAUAUUUUUGCUACUUUUAUUUUUAUUUGGGUGGGGGAAGGGAGGUAAAUGUUUUUUUUUUAAUUAAAAAAAAAAAGGCACUAAAAACCCUGUGAGGUGCUUCAGGGUAAUGUUCAGGGUAUCACCAGGCCUAAGAUCUGUUUUUAGGGGGUUGAAAUCCUAAAUCGACACAUGUUGCAGAAGAGCAAGGGAGGGCUGAGGCUUGUCCUGGAGAAUGAUGUGAUCUGGGAUACAGCGUUGUACACAGACGGGGCUAAGAUAAAAGUGUACACGUAGUGCUUGGGUUGGGGGUGUAUACAGAUGCAUCUGAUGAAGUGGGUUUUAGCCCAUGAAAGCUUAUGCUCAAAUAAAUGUGUUCGUCUCUAAGGUG